AUGGUUUACGGUGUUGAUUCGGGUGUACUCGAGUCACCGGCUGAUAGAUAUGGAAAAACAUCACUUUGUAUGCGUAAUGCAAAACGAUUGUUUAAAUGUGUCGCCUACGUAUUCUAUUUUAUUGGUGUUUUGAUAUUUGCUGUGGCCAGUAAAGGUUCAUUUCUUUUAAUGACACAAAGUUUAGGAAAUCGUUUUCAAGAAAAGCAAUAUGCUAGUCGAUGGUCAGUCAUGUUGGUGGCCGUUGUCUGUGUACCAUAUGUAUUUUUGUUUCUUGAAUCAUUAGCCAAAAGUUUAUUUCGUAAUAAACGAGGACCGGCAUUAACUGAUCUAUUGACAAUAUUUGUUCUUGAAAGCAUUCAUACGUUCGGUCUCUGUUUGCUUGUGUUUCGUGUUUUACCAAGUUGUGACGUUAUUCGAAGUUUAUUACUGAUGAAUGCCGUAUGCACGAUACCUAGUUUUUGUAAAUUAACAUUGUCGAAGAGUAAUACUCGGCCUGUUCUACGAUUUCUUAUGCUAUUUAUUGAUUUGGCUGCAUUUGCUGCUCAAUGUUCUGUUUAUUUUAUUGUUACAAGCACACAGUAUACACCAUUUUUAUCAAAAACAACAACACCGUCUUCUCCUAUUGGCGCUCAACAAGUAUCAAAUGAUGUUAAUGAUCCAUUUAAUAAUUACGACAUGGGACGUCAGAUAGCAACAGGUCUUGGACAAGAUGCUGAAAAACCCCGGCUACGCUUCGGAUGGGAAGCCCCAAUUGCUCUAUUCUGUGUGUCAAUUGUCUGGUGGGAAAACUAUGUUGACCGUGAUAUACGUUUGGGAAAGUUAAAUUUUCCACUUGGCACUUACAAACGUCAUUUACAAUCGGUCCGAUCUAAAGCGAAUAUUGGUGCCUCAAUAUGGAAAAUUGCAUUGACGGCAUCAUUCAGUUUUUUACUAUUGCCACGGGAACGUUUCGAUAAUGUAUUUGUGUCAUAUGUAGCAACCGUAAGACCAUCAAAUUUAGACGAUAUGUCACCGGGACUUGCUGGUGUAGGAACAGCAACAGAUUUAAAUAAUUUUGAUAGUCAACCUAACAUGUUUGAUAGCCCAGAAUGGGCAAGUGCAGCACCGCCAAAGAAAAAGAAACGACAAAUUCAAAAUGAUAAUUUACCUGAAGAUAUGCUGAAUAUUUCGGCAAAAAUUGGCGGUCUACCACCCGAAAUGCCAUUUGCAGAUGAUGAACAUGCGACAAUAAGUCCAUGGGAUAUCAUACCGGCUGCUGAGAAAACAGCUGAUGACUAUUGGAGAUCUAUCGGUCCAUUUUUACCCAUGUUAAUUCAUUUUUUUUCAACGGGAUUAUGUUAUUAUUUUGCAAAAUCAGCAUGUAAAAUGCAAAUGCAACGUGUAGCAUUUUCUGUACCGUUAACACUUGCCACUCCGGUGACAUUAGGCAUUUUCAUUGGUUUAUGUCAAUGGAAAAGUGAUCAAGUCAUAUUUAUUAAAGAAGUAAUGUAUUGGGAAUGUAGUGAAAGCUUAAAUUUUCAACGAAUAACGUGGCACAUUUUAAUCGGAAUGGGUCUGUGGUGGUUAUCAGAAUUGUGGAUAACAGCACAUAUUUGGUUUCCAGAAAAUAAGCGUUUGGCAACAACUGAAACACUGUUUGUUCUUCCACAAUAUUGCAGUGCUCUUAUUGAGCAAUCUCUAUUAUUAAAUCGGCGACGAAAUGAACCAGAACAUCGAAAAAAUAAACUUGAAGAACAUUUUGAAGAUUUAGAUAUUAUUGAUGGUUUAACAUCCUUUUCUGAUGACGAAAAACUCGAAAGUAACACCAAAAUAUAUCUAUGUGGGACUCUUUGGCAUGAAAGUAUGAGUGAAAUGGUGCUCAUGUUGAAGUCGGUUAUGAGAAUGGAUAUUGAUCAAAGUGCACGUCGUCAAGCUAGAGAUGAAUUUCAAGUUGUUGAUCCCGAUUUUUAUGAAAUGGAAGCUCACGUCUUUUUUGAUGAUGCAUUUAACAAUAAUGAAAAAGAUCAACGAACAAUGAAUAGUUUUGUUAAAGAAUUUUUUGGUGCUAUUGACAAAGCAGCAGGGAUUGUUCAUGACGUUGACGGAAUGAGAAUGGCACCACCAAUAAAGACGGCUACACCGUAUGGUGGACGAUUAGACUGGCGUUUACCAGGUGGAAAUCUUUUAGUUUUACAUCUAAAAGAUAAAUUAAAAGUUAGCAAGAAAAAACGAUGGAGUAUGGUAAUGUACAUGUACUAUUUGCUUGGUUUUCGAAUUCUUGGACAAUGUGAACAACGUUUACAAUCAUUGAUUAAAUUGAUUGAAGAAAAUCCUAAAAAGAAAUUAUAUCGAAGACAUUUUGAUCAAAAUGAAGAUUUACAUGUUUAUUACAAAGAUGUACUUGGACCUCGUCUGUUAUUAGAGUCAGAAAAUACUUUUGUACUAUCUGUGGAUGGUGAUUGUGAUUUUUCACCCGAAGCUGUUCGUCUACUAGUUGAUCGUAUGAAAAAAAAUAAAAAAGUCGGUGCCGUUUGUAGUAGAAUCCAUCCAAUUGGCUCUGGUCCACUGAUAUGGUAUCAAAAAAUGGAGUAUGCAAUGUGUUAUUGGCUACAAAAAACGACUGAACAUAGUCUUGGAUGUGUGUUGUGUGCACCCGGUUGUUUUGCACUCUAUCGUGCUUCCGCCUUAAUGGAUGAUAAUGUUAUGAAAUUAUUUGCAUCAAAAUGUGAAACAGCCGAAGAUUUUAUCCUUCGAGAUUUAGGUGAAGAUCGUUUUCUGAGUAAACUACUGAUUGAACAAGGUUAUAAAAUUGAAUAUUGUGCAGCAGCUGAUUGUUAUACUCAUGCACCAGAAACAUUCACUUCGUUUUUUAAUCAACGUCGUCGAUGGAUACCAUCAACACUUGGAACAACAGUUUCAAUAUUAAAAAAUUAUCGUCGAACAAUUCGUAUUAACGAGAGUGUAUCAUUUUUAUCGGUAUUAUAUCAUGUAUUCUAUCUUGGCUUAUAUAUUUUGAGUCCAGCUACUAUUACCAUUGCUAUUGCGGAUGCUUUUAAUGCUACAACUGAUAUUGAUUAUUGGUCAUCAUUUUUAUUGGCAUGUUUUCCAGCUGUUCUAUUUCUAAUGAUAUGUUAUCAUGAUAUUAAUGAAGAGAAAAAAAUAAUUUGUGCAGCGAUAUUCGGAACAUAUUAUUCAAUAUUAAUGAUGAUUGUCAUUGUUGGAACCAUUGUACGACUUUGUGAAGGAUCAUGGAAAACAACGGCCGUUUUUUUCCUUCUGUUUAUGGGUAUUAUAUUCUUAUUAACAGCCAUAUGUCAUCCAUAUGAAUUAGAUUGUGUCAAACCAUGCUUAUUAUUUUUCCUUUGUAUUCCAACAAGUUAUAUAUUAUUAAUUAUAUAUGCAUUAACUAAUGCAAAUGCUAAUGCUUGGGGUACAAGAGAAAAUAUUUAUAUACCUCAUGAAAAAAAGAAAAAAUUUAAGACUAAAGCUGAAUGUAUUCAAUUCUUAGAACAACAAUUUGCAAGUGCAAAAAAUACAAAUGAAUUAUUAGGUAUUUUAGAAACAUUAAUUGAUGAAUGUCAUACUCAACAGACAGAGUCAAGUGAUCAAUUGUUAGCACAAAUAACGGCUGUUCUAAAUCGAAUACAUUUAUUCGAGGAUGUUGAUAAACGUUUACAUAAAGGUCUUGAUUUACACGGUUUGGGACUCGAUGAAUUAAUUAAUAAUGAACCACAACAGAUUAAUGAACAACAUAUCGUUAAUAAUCGAAAAUCUACAAAACGUGAUGAAAAAAUAAAUCCAUAUUGGUUUGAUAAUGAUCAUUUAAAAUAUGCUGAAUUAUCUCAUUUAUCGAAUGAUGAACAUUUAUUUUGGAAAAAAUUAAUUAAAAAAUAUUUAAUGCCUCAACAUCGAGAUGCAUUAGAAAAACAAAAAUUACAAUUAGGAUUAAAUGAUUUACGUGAUCGAAGUGUAUUUGCAUUUUUUAUGUUAGAUGCAUUAUGGAUUGCAUUUGUAUUCUCAGUACUACUAGCACAAAAUCGUUUAAAAGAUAUGUUAUUUAUACCAAUACCAAUACCAUCAUUAUAUUAUCAACCAGUUAGCAUUGAACCGUUAGGUGUGGUGUUGAUCGUAUGUUUUUGUAUGAUUUGUCUGAUACAAUUUGUUGCCAUGUUAUGUCAUCGCUAUAAUACAUUUCAACAUAUUCUGGCAUCAACGAAAUUAAGAUCAAAUGUUCAUGAAGGUGUACGAAUUGAAGAUAUUAUGGAUAUUGUAAAAAUGUUACAACAAAUUAAACCAAUUGAUGAAGAAAAUGAGCCAUUGCCAGAUUAUAGUGAUGGUGAAAUUGAAAAAGUUGAAAAUGAAGCGGAAGGAGGAGAUGGGGCUUCUGUGGUUGGCUCGGAUGAUGAAGUCUUUAUUAAUAGUUCACCGAUUAGAAAUGAACAAAUGAUAGCUGAAUCUGGUGGUAAUACAAAAGUUCAAUUAAUCGAUGAAGGACUGAAAAAAUUGAGACACAGACUAAGUCGUCGUCGUGGUAAAGGAGAAAAACAAUUGAGUGAGACGAAAGGUAUUGACAAUCCGUCCUUUCAGUUAGAUGAAACUCUACCUCAAACAGAACAUUUAUCACCAAAACACAAACGGAAAACAAGAUCGAGUGCAAGUCCAAUGAAACGAGUACAUAAAUCAAGACAUAAUCGUCCACAGAGUGACACACGUCCCAUGUCAUCACAUCAUCAUGGCGGAAUGUUAGAGACAUCCAUGGUGUCGAGUCAAAAUCAUCACCAUCAUCAUUCACAUCAACAAGCGCAACCAUCACGUAAUCGACGAAGCCAUUAUAAUAAAAAAUUACAAAAGAAAAAUUCGUUAGAUGCAAAUUUUAGACGACGAGUGGAAAAAUUGAAAGAGGCUAAUAGUCAUACAGACCUGGCUAAGUCUCAUAAUGCACCGCCAAUUAAAAUUCUUGAUACGAGACUCAAUAAAGUUUUAUUUAAUCUGAAAGGCGUUCCUGUUGGACCAAAUGUUUUGUAG